AUUCGUUGUUGGUUUGUUGCAUGUAUUAAACAAGCGACAUUCACGAGUGGCCUCACGGCUAUCCGAUUCAGAUUUGCCUGUGCAGUCGCAGCCGGUCUCUUCGGUACAUAACGACGACGACGACGAGGACGACGACGACGACGCACUCUCAACAGUGAGCGUCGCGACGCCAAUCGAAAUUUUUGUAGAGUCGCGCGUGUUUCGAAAAAUUGCGCGCGAAUUUAUUUCAAAUUGGUGCGCGAGUGUUUUUCAUUUUUUUUUGUGAUAAUUUUUGUGUGCUCUUAAAUCAAUAAUUAAUACAUUAUCAUCAAGCAUGAUUAGUGGAAUUUUUUGUUUAAAAAUUAAAUCAAAAAAAUAAAAUUUAUUUUUUAAAUUUUAAGUUCUCUAUGGUGGCAAAAGAAGGGACAAAACUCACCGGUAUUUGGUGUUCUGGUGUAUAAUUAUCAUGACGUAGAUCUAGUUCUUGAGCGCAGGUGUGCCGUUUUUAGGAGAGGAUUGUGAUCGAGGAUCAGUUGCGAAAUGUGGCAAAAUUUGCGACUCGCUCUGAUAAUUGCAGUCUUGAUAAUAACCAGACUUGAAAUCUCAAGGUCACAGAAGCCAAGAUUGGGUGGUGCCAUUAACAUUUUCAAUAGAUACGGCCAUCUAACGAUCAGUAUGAGGGUUGUGUCGCGAAAUGACACGGGGACGUGGAUUUUUCGUGAACCAACCGUUGACGUUUUUCAUAAUUUACUACCAGCGCCACCCAAACAAAGUAAAUCCACAACAGUAUUUCACGGCGAUUUUCACAUGGAAUUCUGUGACAAUGUCCGACAACUCCAACAGGCCUACUUUCGAGAUUUUACAAUUGAAAACAUCGAGAGACCAUGGAGGGCAUUUACGAGUAGUUGGACGCCAAAUGUAAUGGCCAAACAUCUUGGCAUUAAUUCCUCGUACAUAUACAGUGAUCAUUGUUUUGUCUUAGUGCGUGUGUCGCGCUUUAGAGAAAAUCAGGAAUUAAUGGGAAAUAUGGAAACAUUAGUUUUAAAUGAAGAUGUUGAAAAUGAAGCAAACACUAUUUCAAUUGGUGAUAAAGAUAGUGUUCUCUAUUUUGUUAGAAAUUUUGGAUCUCACUAUAUAAAAUCAUUCGUCACGGGGAAUUCCCUCUAUCAGGUUUUCGUCUACAGGCCAGAGGUGUAUCUGCAAAUAAAAGAGCGAUUAAAAACACGAGGCGUUGCCGAUCUUUCGAAUCUCGAGUUAAGUAACUAUUUCUCGCCAUGGUACGCCGAGCACAUGGGUCGAAUUCAAUCGGCAAGUGGAAAUCAUACAGUCGAAGAUUGGGCGAAAAAACAACUCGAGGUUCAAUAUUUUAUUUUCACUUAUUCGAGUCUUUUGAAACUCCACGGGGACAUUGAUCUUCUUCGUCAGCUCAAUAUUCUCCUCGGCAAUGAAGCGCUCCUUCAACUGCAACUUCGCGCCCUUCUGCCCCUCUUCAAGGACAUCAAACUCAAAGAAUGGUUCCUCGAAGUUAUGGACAAUUACUCGAAACUCUGGGAAGUGAACGAAUGAAAGAACCAAAGGUGCCUUAGAUAAAAUAUUACUGAAGAAAAUAUAAAAUAUUUAAAAAAAACGAAAAAAAAAAUGAAACAAACAAUGACGACGCUAAAAAUGCUUCGGAGAUAUUUACCUGACAACUCGUUAAUUUCCAAAAUGAGUUUCGAGACUGAGAAGCAGAAUGCGACGUUUAAUUUUAGAACAAACACGAGACAAACACCUGUUAUAAUUGUUGUUAUCAAAUAAGUAUUUAUUGUGUAAUCGAAUUUUAUACGAUUUUUUUUAAUUGUUCAUGUAAACAAGCAUUAAUUCCUAUUCGGGGCUCGAACUAGGGAAAGUAUUUUAUUUCAAAAUACGCAAAUUAUGGAACAAAAAUUUUUAAAUUUCGGACCCCAAUUACCCGAUAAAAAUAUAAACAUGGUCGCCACAGGUCAGGAAAGUCAGGGAAUUCAGGGAAA